AUGUCACAGUACAAGGCUACUGAUAAUGAUCCUGUGCCUCGCAGGGCAAGCAAUGACCAAGAACACAGAGAAGGGAACCAUUCACCACUUGGUCAUUCUACAAGAUUACGCGAUGAAGAGCCACAUCCAACAUCAUCACGCAGUGUUCCUCGAGAGGACUUGGAUUCUGCCACUGCAUCCUCUUCAGCAUCAACCGACAGGUUAGAAACACAACCCUUAUUGGAUCCCGACGAUCCACAAGUUUCGCCAUUGAAUCUUGAUCGGAUUAAAAUCUUGAAAUUGGUGCAACUGAUUCUUGUUAUUGUCAACUUGGUCCUUUUCAUAAUUUUACUAUUUAGUGAAUUUUUUGCAAUCCCUGGCUUCAACAAUCGCGGGAAAUCGUUUUUGGAGAUGGACUUGGCAUUAAUUUGUUUAUUCAUCAAUCUGGUGAAUAAUUUCUUCUUUGUUAUACCUGCAAAAAUUGAACGAGUUAUUGGAUAUGUAGUGUCCGGAUUAUUGGUGCUCGACCUUGUUGUUAUUUUGUUGGUUCCUGAAACUAGAAUAUUGAUGGGGUGGUUGGGCAUUGGGUUAAUCUUGUGGACAGCAAUAAAUUCAUUGCUUAAUUCGUUGAUUGAUUAUUGGGUAGAAGAAGGAAAACAUUAUCAAGAGAUUAGAUUAACUGGGCGCAUUGAAAAGAGAAAGUCUGUUAAAGAAUUGGCGGUGAUUUUACUCAAGGUUGUGUUUGAAAUUUUCAUUCUCUGGAUAAUUUGGUGUAUCAGUUUAACCUUGUGGUUGGCGUGUUUUGACACACAUGAAAAGCCGUGGGGAAAAUUGAUCCCAGUUGACAAUGACCUGUUUAGAGUGCAUUUGGCGUGUUUUGGCGAUGUUCACAAUAGCACGGGAAAAGCAACUCAACCUAUAGUGCUAGUCGAGGGUGGACAAAUUACAUCGAGUGAGGUUUUCCAGGAAUGGAUUGAGGAAUUGUAUCAGUUGGAUAAAGUUGAACGGUACUGUAUUUGGGAUAGACCAGGAUAUGCAUGGUCAGAUUCUGCACCGCCACCAGAUUCUAUUGGGAUUGUUAGUGAAUAUUUAUCUGAGGCGUUGGCCAAGGAGAAGAUUGAAGGACCAUUCACCGUGGUUGGUUUUGAUAUUGGUGGAUUGUACGCCAGGAUGUUUGCCAAUAGGCAUCGUGGUCAAAUCCAGCUGAUUUUAUUGGUUGAUGCAUGGUCUGCCGACCUAUUAAAGAAGUGGCCUUUUAGUGGUGGUAAUGGUAAGAAGAAUGAGUCUUCGAGGGUGUUUAAAAAUGCAUUGGAAGUGAUGGAUAAUAUUACUGGAUUAAAGUUGUGGCUCAAGGGGUUUAUCUCGCCCUUGGGUAUAAUCCCUGACCUUCAUUGGUUUGUACAUCCAAUGAGGUACUCAAGUAAGAGUAGAAUUUAUGGCAGAGAUAUGUAUUGGAGUUCAAGAUACAUUAGAGCCAGAUGUCAAGAGCAAUUGGUUUCGGGAAUACUUUCUUACAAUGAGAUUAAAGAAACUGACAUCAACGAGAUUCCAUUGGGGGUGAUUUCCUCCGAUUUCAUGAUUAAGAAAUCAAUGAACUGGGGUAAAUGGCAACGAGAGUUGACACAUUUGAGUAAAAAGACUGCUGAAUGGGUAGUGGCUGAGAAUAGUGACCAUUUCAUAUGGAGAAGUCCCAAAGGUAGAAGACAAUUGCAGAAUCUUUUGUUGAGAUUGAUUGGCGAGCAGGAAUAUUGA